UGACAUUGCAUGGCAUCAGGGUCUUGGGAAAAUAGCUUUUUUCAUAGUCCUGGUCAUAGCAUAACCAACACAAAUAACCAAACUUCUGUUUAUCAUUUCAACUAUCUCAGAAAUUUCAUAUUAAUUUGUGUGACCAAGGUACAUAAUGGCUGGACAGAAGGAAAUGGGCAGUGGGGUGGAGUGGAAAAUAAGGGUGGCAGACGGGUCAUCAGAAACUUUAGCUCCGCAGGCUGCAGGGCUAGCAGGUAGAGUAUGGCUAGGCCUGAAGAAUAUGAUUGCAGGUUUUGUUUUGAAAGUGUGGAGAUUUCUGGAGAAAGCAUGGGAUUUGGGCGCAGAUGACCCCAGAAAAGUAAUCCAUUGCCUUAAAGUGGGAAUAGCACUCACUGUGGUCUCACUAUUUUACUAUAUGAGACCUCUGUAUGAUGGUGUUGGAGGGAAUGCCAUGUGGGCUGUUAUGACAGUAGUUGUUGUGUUUGAAAACACUGUUGGAGCAACAUUAUAUAAAUGUUUAAACAGAGUUUUUGGAACUAUUCUUGCUGGCCUUCUUGCUGUUGGAGUCCACUGGGUUGCUGUUCAUUCAGGAGAGAAGUUUGAGCCUCUUAUUAUUGGAGUCUCCGUUUUCAUAUUAGCUUCUGCAGCCACGUUCUCUAGAUUUAUUCCAUCAGUGAAAGCCCGGUUUGAUUAUGGUACUAUGAUCUUCAUUCUCACCUUCAGCUUGGUCGCAGUAUCAGGUUAUCGUGUGGAUAAAUUAUUUGACUUGGCCCAUCAAAGAUUAUCUACCAUUAUCAUUGGGACUUCCCUGUGCAUUAUUGUGGGCAUGGUCGUUUGCCCCAUUUGGGCUGGCAGGGAGCUCUAUAGUCUAAUCAAUCGAAACAUGGACAAACUUGCGAAUUCCUUAGAAGGUUAUGCAGCCGAGUAUUUUAAUCAGAGUGAGGAAGAAGCUCAUAAAAAAUUGCUAGACUACAAAUGUAUAUUAAACUCUAAGGCAACAGAAGAGUCUAUGGCCAAUUUUGCAAGAUGGGAACCAGCCCAUGGUCGCUUCAACUUCAGACAUCCAUGGAAGCAGUACCUCAAAAUUGGCGCAGCAAUGCGCAGUUGUGCUUAUUGCAUAGAGGCUCUCAAUGGCUGUAUAAAUUCAGCCAAUCAGGGUCCGGAGUUUAUAAAGAAGCAUCUUAGCAGUAGUUGCUUGAAAGUGAGUUCCGAUUCUUCAAGUGUCAUAAAAGAACUAGCAAAGAUUAUCAAGACCAUGACAAAAUCCUCCACUAUAGACUUGUUGGUUGGAGAAAUGAAUAAUGCAGUAGAAGACCUCCAAAAUGACUUGAAAACUCUAUCUGGUUUAUUCAAUCCAGAAGAUGAAACUCCUGAAAAUAAUAAUGAAACACAGAAAACGUCCCUCAAAACCACUACUGAAAUCCCUCUGUUGGGAGUCAUUUCAGUGGUAACAUUUGCUUCUUUACUGAUAGAAAUAGCUUCUAGGAUUGAAGCUGUUGUUGAAGAAGUCGAAAAGCUUGCAAAUUUAGCAGAAUUCCAAGUGAUGGACCAAUGUAAAUCCAAACAAAAUCAGGCAAGCACUGAAAUUAUACCAGCUGACGAUCAGAAUGAUAAGGAUAAUACCAUCAAGACUUUGGAAAAGGUCUGAAGAUGUCCAAAUGUAAACACUAUUAUAUUGACUUGACAGACAGUACUAAAACGAAAUAUAUGCA